AUGAUGGCUAGCGGCGAGACCCGCACGAAACAAUCCUUGCUGACAUUGGAGGAUCUAUAUGCCCUGCCGAACAAUACAUCAGAGACUUUGGAUCGAUAUUUCGCUCUUCGAAACAUACUUACGCCUUUAUUUCAUGAACCUACUGCGAGACCAAUGCUGAAUGCUGCACUGCGUUGCUCAGCUGAAGAGAAAUAUCUGCAUCGGUCCUCAUUUAUCCUCCUAAAUAUGAUCCUUGCACUUUGUACUUCCCACUGGCUGCGUGACGUCGAUGAGAAUGCUCUGACAGCAAGAAAACACUAUGAUAUUGCGAUGACGCUUCUGCAGCCUACCAUUUUGCGUGAUUGGUCCUUGGAACAUGUCCAAGCACUGCUUCUAGGUGCUAAAUAUCUCCAAGGCACCACAUGCGGCGAUGAAUGCUGGAAUAUCCUUGGUCUGGCUAUUCGAAUCGGCCAUGGCUUGAGUCUACACCAAGAGCCACCUCAGUCGGACGCGCCACCGUUGCGUGAAACAAAACGCAGAGUCUGGUACUCUGCCUACAUGCUUGACAUGCAUUGGACUAUGGUAUACGAGCGUCCACCAGCUACCAGAUUUUCCGAAUUCUCCGUCUGUAUGCCUGAAGAUCUUGAUGAUGUCUGUAUCCAGGCAGACAGAGUCCUCUGUCCGACACCCAGGCAGCCAUCAUCCAUUUCCUUUCUGAUUCAGAACGUCAAGUUGUAUCGUAUAGUCGAGAAGGCUUUACGCCGCAUAGCAGACUGCGGACUCGAACGCAGAGAAACGGCAGAGUUGGUGACGUCUCUUGAUGAAGACUACCAGACAUGGCUCCGAGAGCGUCCAGCACAUCUCAUUCUUGAUCUUCAGGAUCCCCAGGAGCCGGUAUGGAUUCUUGCCUUGCGGAGUAAUAUGGUUUGCAUCUUGAUUCAUCGACAGUCACUGAAGGUGAGUUUACAUGAGAGAGACGAAUCUGGGCCAAUUGAGGAGUCCAUGGUCAAUCAUAUUUUACAUUCGAGUCAGAGGAUUUGCGUGAAUGCUGCGAUGGAUUCUAUUAAUCUCGUCGCUCUAAGACAUGAGCAAACAAAGGAAACAAUGGGCCUUGACUGGUUCAAUGUCUACUACUGUACGUUGGCUCAGCAACUGCUAUGA